AUGGCCUUACAAGGGGCUUUUUCCUCUCUCCGGUCCUCUUCUUCUUCUAUUCAUUCAUGGACUCACGACGUAUUCUUGAGCUUUCGAGGUGAAGAUGUUCGCCAAAAAUUUAUUUCUCAUCUACACCAUGCUUUGAAUAAAAGGGGAAUCAACACUUUCAUAGACGAUGAGCUCAAGAGAGGAGAGGAAAUUUCACAGGCACUUUUUCAAACUAUCGAAGGGUCAAUGAUUUCUAUCAUUGUACUAUCUAAAAAUUAUGCAGAAUCUAAAUGGUGCUUGAAUGAAUUAUUGAAGAUCCUUGAGUGUAUGGAAACAGUAAAACAAAUUGUUCUACCUGUAUUUUACGACGUAGAUCCAUCAGAUGUAAAACAUCAAAAAAGAAGUUUUGGAGAAGGAUUCGCUAAACUUAAAGACAGGUUCGAGAGCAAUGAAGAAGUGUUGAAGUGGAAGGCAGCUUUAGAAAAGCUAGCCAAUAUGAAAGAGUCAGGAUUUAUUGAGGAAAUCAUUCAAUGGGUCGACUCAAUAAUAGUAAACCAAACACCUCUAAGCGUUGCCAAGUAUCCAGUUGGGAUAGAGUCUCGUAAGCGAGACAUUUAUCAGCAUUUAAGUAUUGAAAGGAAUGAUAUUAUACGUAUUGUGGGGAUAUUUGGUAUCGGUGGAAUUGGUAAGACGACUAUUUCAAAAGAUAUCUAUAACCAGAUUUACUCUCAAUUUGAAGGAAGUUGUUUCUUGAAAAAUGUUAGAGAAAAUUCAAAACAAGUAGGAGGUCUGAUGAAGCUGCAAGAAAUACUUCUUUUUGAGAUCUUAGGGAAAAAACUAGAUAUUUAUGAUGCUGAUAGAGGAAUGAAUGUGAUUAAGCACAGACUUUGCUCUAAAAGGGUUCUACUAAUUCUUGAUGAUGUGGAUGAGUUGGUCCAAAUUGAAAAAUUAGUUGGAGAUCGCAAUUGGUUUGGUUUGGGAAGUAGAAUUAUCAUAACAACGAGAAAUCAACGUUUACUAGAUAACGCUAAAGUUGAUUCAAAACAUGAGGUGAUGAUUUUGGAUGACAGUGAAGCUCUUCAACUCUUUAGCUUGCAUGCUGUUUGGAAAGAUGAACCACUUGAUGAGUAUGUGGAACUCUCUAAACAAGUACUACAAUAUGCUAAGGGCCUUCCAUUGGCUUUAGUAGUGCUAGGUUCAGAUCUAAAGGGUAAAAGUACACAUCAAUGGAAGAGUGCAUUGGAUAAGUAUAAAAAUAUUCCCAAUAGAAAUAUUCAGGAAGUACUUUCUGUGAGUUAUGAAGGAUUAGAUAAUAAUGAGAAGGAAAUGUUCCUUGAUAUUGCAUUUUUCUUCAAUGGAGAACCUUUGGCUGAUAUCAAGAAAAUAUUUGACAGUUGUGGUUUUUUUCCGGAUGAUGGUAUCGACAGGCUUAAAGACAAGUGUCUUAUUACUAUUGAAAAUGGAUAUGUUCGGAUGCAUGACUUGCUACAAGAUAUGGGUCGAGAAAUUGUUCGUCUAGAAUCACCCAACGAACCUGGUCAACGUAGUAGAUUGUUUUUUCAUGAAGAUGUCCGGCAUGUGUUGGAAGAAAGCAUGGGCACAAACAAAGUUGCAGGCAUGAUAAUAGAAAUGCCCAAAGGCAAGGAGGUGAUAAGGUUGAGUCGCAAAGCAUUUGUACGGAUGAAAAAACUUAGGGUGCUUAUCAUUCGUAAUGCAAGUUUUUCAAGUGGACCUAAUCAUCUCUCCAAUGAAUUAAGAGUACUUGAUUGGUUUGAAUAUCCGCUACAAUCUUUGCUACCCAAUUUCCAUGGAAAUAAACUCAUUAUCUUUAAAAUGCGUCGUAGCUUCAUCAGGGAGUUAAGCUUCAUCAUGUUUAAGGUAUCUACAAUUAUAAUCUCCAAUAAAUUUGUUUCUUUAAUCUAUGUUCUAAACUCCUUUCAAUUUUUUUUUUUAACAGAAUAUGACAAUUAUGGAUUUCAGUGAAUGUCAUUUCUUAACAAAAGUUCCAGAUGUUUCAUGCAUCCUAAAUUUGGAGAAAUUGAUUGCCACAAAUUGUAAAAAUUUGGUU